AUGUCCCUUCGCAUAGCACCCCCAGCAAACUAUGCUACGCAAGCCUCCAACACAACCACCAGUAAUCCCACCGCUCGCCCAUCAAAAGGCGCCCCAUCCGCCCCCGGUCUCCCCGACACCCUCCGCAACAAGAUCGCCCUCCCAGCACCCGUGGGUCCCCCCUCUAGCAACCAAACCGCUACCCCUUCAUCGACACACCCGCUCGAAGCCCGCCUACUCGCCUGGCGCCAGACCCAGGACGCCAUGAAGAUGGAGACGCUCCGCCGGGCAUACGGGAUCGCGGAACCUGUGCGGCGCGGUAUGGAGCUCAAGAUCGUGCGGGACGGCACUUUCCGGCCUGCUGUGCUGGGCGGAAACAAAGGUGGUAAUGUGCACGAGGACAUUCUGGUUCUUGGGGGACGGGAUACAGAGGUUGGCUGGGAGGAUAUUUUCCAAGGAGACGAAUUCAGGGAACCGCCUUCCUUCCAUGAUGAGAUGGAGAAGAGACUCCGGGUGGAGUUUUGA